AUGUGGAGGCUGAAGGUAGGAGAUGGAGGGAAUGAUCCGUACAUAUUCAGCACAAACAAUUUCGUGGGAAGGCAGAUAUGGGAGUAUGAUCCCGACGCAGGAACUCCCGAGGAACACGCGCAGGUUGAAGAAGCUCGUAACAAUUUCUACCUCAACCGCUUCGAGAUCAAGCCCUGCGCUGACCUCCUAUGGCGCUUUCAGGUUCUGAGAGAGAACCAGUUCAAACAGAGAAUAGCAAGCGUGAAGAUAGAAGACGGAGAGGAGAUAACAUACGAGAAAGUGACAGCCGCCGUGAGAAGAGGCGCGCAUCAUCUAUCGGCACUGCAGACAAGUGAUGGCCAUUGGCCUGCACAAAUUGCAGGUCCUCUGUUUUUUCUUCCUCCUUUGGUGUUCUGUAUGUAUAUUACGGGGCAUCUUGAAUCAGUAUUUCCAGAAGAGCAUCGCAAAGAAAUUCUCCGCUACAUAUAUUAUCACCAGAAUGAAGAUGGAGGAUGGGGACUACACAUAGAGGGUCAUAGCACCAUGUUUUGUACUGCACUAAACUAUAUAUGCAUGAGGAUUCUUGGAGAAGGACCCAAUGGAGGUCAUGAUAAUGCUUGUGCUAGAGCAAGAAAGUGGAUUCAAGAUCAUGGUGGUGUAACACAUAUACCUUCGUGGGGGAAAACUUGGCUUUCGAUACUUGGUGUAUUUGAUUGGUGCGGAAGUAACCCAAUGCCCCCAGAGUUUUGGAUCCUUCCUUCGUUUCUUCCUAUGCAUCCCGCUAAGAUGUGGUGUUACUGUCGAUUGGUGUACAUGCCUAUGUCUUACUUAUAUGGAAAGAGGUUUGUUGGUCCAAUUACACCUCUCAUUUUACAAUUGAGAGAAGAGCUAUUUACUCAACCCUACGAUAAAGUUAAUUGGAAGAAAGCACGUCACCAAUGCGCAAAGGAAGAUCUUUAUUAUCCUCAUCCUUUGAUACAAGAUCUUAUAUGGGAUAGUUUAUACAUAUUCACCGAGCCACUACUCACUCGCUGGCCUUUUAACAAGCUGGUUAGAGAAAAAGCUCUUGAAGUAACAAUGAAGCAUAUUCAUUACGAAGAUGAGACUAGUCGAUACAUUACCAUUGGUUGCGUGGAAAAGGUUUUAUGCAUGCUUGCAUGUUGGGUGGAAGAUCCAAAUGGAGAUGCUUUUAAGAAGCAUCUUGCAAGGGUGCCAGAUUACUUAUGGAUGUCUGAAGAUGGGAUGACCAUGCAGAGUUUUGGUAGUCAAGAAUGGGACGCUGGUUUUGCCGUUCAAGCUUUGCUUGCUACUAACCUAGUUGAUGAAAUUGGUCCCACACUUGCAAAAGGGCAUUAUUUUAUUAAGGAGUCUCAGGUGAGAGAUAACCCUUUUGGAGAUUUUAAGAGUAUGUAUCGUCAUAUCUCUAAAGGAUCGUGGACGUUCUCGGAUCAAGACCAUGGAUGGCAAGUUUCUGAUUGCACAGCGGAAGGCUUGAAGAGUAAAAAGGGUGGUUUAGCUGCAUGGGAGCCUGCAGGAGCACAGGAUUGGUUAGAAUUACUCAAUCCCACGGAAUUUUUUGCGGACAUUGUAGUAGAACAUGAAUACGUUGAGUGCACUGGGUCUGCAAUUCAAGCGUUAAUUUUGUUCAAGAAGCUGUAUCCAGGGCAUAGGAAGAAAGAGAUAGAGAAUUUUAUUAGCAAUGCAGUUCGAUUCCUUGAAAAUACACAGACAGCUGACGGCUCAUGGUACGGAAAUUGGGGAGUUUGCUUCACUUAUGGUUCUUGGUUUGCCCUUGGCGGUUUAGCAGCAGCUGGCAAGACUUACACCAACUGUGCUGCUAUUCGCAAGGCAGUCCAAUUUCUCCUUACAACACAGAGAGAGGACGGUGGAUGGGGGGAGAGUUAUCUUUCAAGCCCCAAAAAGAUUUAUGUACCGCUGGAAGGAACCCGAUCAAAUGUUGUACAUACAGCAUGGGCUCUCAUGGGACUGAUUCAUGCUGGACAGGCAGACAGAGACCCUACUCCUCUUCAUCGUGCUGCAAAGUUGCUCAUCAAUUCUCAGUUGGAAGAGGGUGAUUGGCCCCAACAGGAAAUCACUGGAGUAUUCAUGAAAAAUUGCAUGUUGCAUUAUCCAAUGUAUAGAGAUAUUUAUCCAAUGUGGGCUCUGGCUGAAUAUCGUAGACGAGUUCCAUUGCCUUCCACUGAAGUUUAA